CGUCUUCUUCAUAUAAUCUACUCGAUCAACCACGCUACUGAUGGAAGAAAUCGUUCCAUACGCGCACCAAGAACAACCUGAUUAUGUCGAUAACCUGCUUCCCGGCUAUCGGUUUUGCCCAACGGACUCAGAACUCAUACUCUACUACUUAAAACCAAAGAUUGAAACCGGAGAACAUCCCAAAUGCCGGAUAUAUGAAGUCAAUCUUUACAACCACAGUCCUGAAGAACUUACAAAUCAAUAUCGACCAUGUGAUGACAAAUGGUAUUUUUUUACACCAAGAGAGCGAAAAUACGAAAAGGGGAAAGUGCCGAAUAGAAGAACCGGGGACUUCGGGUAUUGGAAAACGACUCAGAAAUAUACAUCUGUUUAUCAUCAUUAUAGUGCGACUGGACCCCGAGUGGUAGGGACAAGAAGAAGUUUAGAUUAUCGUGACGAGACGGGUUGCAAGACAGCAUGGCUAAUGCAGGAGUAUGCUACGAAUCAUCCAAAUCUCCCGAUUCGAAGCGGACAAGGCGGUAACAAGGUUUUAACUGAUUGGGUGCUAUGCAAGAUUUAUAAGAAGAAAAGUAGUAAUGAGACUGCAGAGAACACUACAGCUCAAGCUCCUCCUCCUCAAGUGUUUGCAAGUGAACUUCCGUUAACCAACUCAACUGGUGAUCAAUAUCAACAAAAUCACUCCAUGUCAACCCCUACAAACAGUGCUCAAAUCCCACAUGGUGCUACAGCCUCUACUUCAAAUUAUCCACACGUUUACGCCGCACAAUCGCGCACUAAUUACACAUCUCCUCCUGUCUCUGAUCACACCUUUCAACAAAUGUAUCACUCCAUGUCAACAGCUACAAACUCUACUCCAGCCGAAUCGCUUGCAUCUGCACAACCAUUUGCUUACACAACUCCAGUGACUUCAGAAGACGUUGCUAUGAGUGAUUGGGAUGAUAUAUUUCAACAGGAUGGUUUCAGUACAACACAAUCAGUUGUUGACAAGGACAUUUUGGAGUUUGAUGAUUGGAUUUCUAUUGAAGAUUUCAUGAGUUCAGAGUUUGACUCAUAAAAACAUAUGGGAUAGUUAAUGUAACUUUUGUGUUCUCUUGAUUUUACUUUUUCUUUAGUAUGGUUUAGCAAAAGAAAAUUGUAAGAUAUCAAGUUUGUUAAGUUUGUGAAAGGUAAUCAAAUGCAUGGGGUUACAAUUAAU